UACCUCUUCAAAAGCAAAUAGUCAACAAUUUUUCCUCCUUUUAACUUCUUGGGAGCAGAGAGAGCACUAGAGAAAAAUGGAGAGGGAAACUCAUAUCCUAGUGAUUCCUUAUCCCAUACAAGGUCACAUAAACCCAAUGCUCCAAUUCUCAAAGCGCCUAGCCUCAAAGGGUCCUAGAGUCACAUUUGUCACUACCACUUCUAUUAGCAAGUCUAUACAAGCCCAAGCCAGCAGCUCUGUCAACUUUGAGAUCAUCUCUGAUGGCUCCGAGGAAGUCAAAAAUCAGGAAACCAUCGAUGAAAGUGUCCAGCGUUUCAAGUCAAAGGUCUCAGAAAGCUUAGCAAAGCUCAUCCAGAGACAUAAUAGCUCCAAAUACCCUCCAAAGUUUCUUGUGUAUGAUUCAGUUAUGCCAUGGGCUUUAAACAUUGCUCGACAACUUGGCAUAGAUGGAGCUCCAUUUUUCACUCAGUCGUGUGUGGUUAAUGCCAUCUAUUAUCAUGCUCAUCGAGGAGAAAUUAAGAUGCCCUUAGAAGAAGGGUCUUCAAUAUCAUUGCCUUCGAUGCCAUCACUAGGGAGCAAUGAUCUGCCUUCGUUUCUUUUUGAUACGGGCUUGUACGCAGCUCUGCAAAACCUUUUAGUGAAUCAAUUCUCAAAUUUCCAGGAUGCGAAUUGGCUCUUGUGCAACACUUUUGACAAGUUGGAAGAUGAGAUAGUAAAUUGGAUGGCAAGCCAAUGGUCUAUUAUAACAAUUGGACCAACUAUUCCAUCAAUGCACUUAGAUAAGCGGUUGGAGGAUGACAAAGAUUAUGGUCUUAACCUAUUCGAGCCUAAUAUGGACACUUGCAUGAAGUGGCUAGACACAAAAGAAAUUGGCUCAGUGGUUUAUAUAUCAUUUGGAAGCUUGGCAACCCUUGGAGAAGAACAGAUGGAGGAGAUAACAUGGGGACUAAAGAAUAGCAAUUGCCACUUCUUAUGGGUAGUUAGAGAAUCUGAAGUAAAACAGCUUCCCAUAAAUUUUCUGCAAGAAACAACAGAGAAGGGAUCAGUUCUGAGUUGGAGCCCUCAACUAGAAGUAUUAGCUAACAAGGCAGUUGGGUGCUUCAUGACUCACUGUGGAUGGAACUCGACGCUUGAGGCAUUGAGUUUGGGAGUGCCAAUGGUUGCAAUGCCACAAUGGACAGAUCAACCAACUAAUGCAAAGUUCAUUGUGGAUGUGUGGAAGGUAGGGGUUAGGAUUAAAUUGAAUGAAAAAGGCAUUGCUACCAAGGAAGAGAUAGAGCUAUGCGUAAAGGAAGUAAUAGAGGGAGAGAGAGGGCAAAAGAUGAAGAUGAAUUCAUUAAGAUGGAAAGAAUUGGCUAAAGAGGCAAUGGAUGAAGGUGGAAGUUCAAAUAAAAAUAUAGAGAAAUUUGUAGCAAAACUUGCACACUCCUAA